CAAUGGAUGCACACGCAUUACAGAACAUACUUCGCAGCAAGUAUAAUAUCAAUGAAAACCUUCAGGCCAAGGGCAUAUUUAUGGCUCUUCAACGCGGCACCAUGAAAGCCAAUGGCCUGUUCAGUAUCGGGAUUGGAGAGAAAUUCGUAGUCGUCGCCGGAAUCAACCCCCGCGGACCAGAUAUCGACUACAAUUCGAUGUCUCUCUCUCCAGUAGGUCUGCUCGGUGUCACGUACAAAUAUGCCAGCAUGAUUAUAACAAUCUCCAGUCCGCUCAAAGGCAAGAAUUCCUUUCAGUUAUGCAGCAGUAGCAAGGCCGCCGCUAUAUGGAAUGAUUUCACCACCGCCAUUGAUUACCAGGCGUCUCAAUUAAGCGGCGACAUUUGGUGCAGCGCGUCACUAAGUGCUUCAUCAUCAUCAUUAGACGCCUCAGUGGAUGCAGAACACGAGUACACAAUGGAUGCACACGCAUUACAGAACAUACUUCGCAGCAAGUAUAAUAUCAAUGAAAAGCUUCAGGCCGAGGGCAUAUUUAUGGCUCUUCAACGCGGCACUAUGAAAGCCAAUGGUCUGUUCAGUAUCGGGAUUGGAGAGAAAUUCGUAGUCGUCGCCGGAAUCAACCCCCGCGGACCAGAUAUCGACUACAAUCCGAUGUCUCUCUCUCCAGUAGGUCUGCUCGGUGUCACGUACAAAUAUGCCAGCAUGAUUAUAACAAUCUCCAGUCCGCUCAAAGGCAAGAAUUCCUUUCAGUUAUGCAGCAGUAGCAAGGCCGCCGCUAUAUGGAAUGAUUUCACCACCGCCGUUGAUUACCAGGCGUCUAAAUUAAGCGGCGAUAUUUGGUGCAGCGCGUCACUAAGUGCUUCAUCAUCAUCAUUAGACGCCUCAGUGGAUGCAGAACACGAGUACACAAUGGAUGCACACGCAUUACAGAACAUACUUCGCAGCAAGUAUAACAUCAAUGAAAAGCUUCAUGCCGAGGGCAUAUUUAUGGCUCUUCAACGCGGCACCAUGAAAGUCAAUGGCCUGUUCAGUAUCGGGAUUGGUGAGAGGUUCGUAGUCGUCGCCGGCAUCAACAUCCGCGGACCAGAUAUCGACUACAAUCCGGUGUCUCUCUCUCCAGUAGGCAUGCUCAGUGUCACGUACAAAUAUGCCAGCAUGAUUGUAACAAUCUCCACUCAGCUCAAAGGCAAUAAUUCCUUUCAGUUAUGCAGCAGUUGCAAGGCCGCCGCUAUAUGGAAUGAUUUCACCACCGCCAUUGAUUACCAGGCGUCUAAAUUAAGCGGCGAUAUUUGGUGCAGCUCUUCACUAAGUGCUUCAUCAUCAUCAUCAGACGCCUCUGUGGAUACAGACCAUGAGUAUACAUAUCAGAGGGGCUUCAUAGACCUGACCCUUCUCAAUGACAGAUGUCUGUCUCCGCAAAAGUUUUCCAAGGCAGACAGAAGUUUCAGCUCUAUUUCUUUGCCCGAUAUGGUAUGUGGACCAACCGAUGCCAAGCACGCGGUGUGCCGUCAAUGCAGUCCUCAUGUUAAGAGAGGUCACAGUUUGGACUGUGUCGACGUGUCAUUUAACAGCUGCAUCAAUGAUACCAACCGAAACGCGGCAAUGCAACAGGUAGACUUUACUGCGCCCGAUACAGUUAUUGGGCAAAAUUGCGGGCAACUAACCGACGAGCGACGGACGGAUAUGCCAAGCAAGAAGCCCAGUUUACUUGAGAGGUUCCUGCGCUUGUUUACCUGCUGUAUAAGCAAGCGUUGACAUUAUAGCAUCAAUAUAUGGUAUUUUACUCGAUAAAUCAUAUUUUCACAUUUUUGUUUAUGGCAAUAAAUUUAUUGCAUGAACAAGA